CUGGCUAAUUCUCUGACAUCGCAACUUAGAAAGCCACAUUUUAUCCAAGGACAAUGCUAUCUGGUAUGUUGUCAUGAUGAUGAAAAGCCUGUAAUCAUGAACAUGCUUCUAGGGUUGGUGUGCUGGAAGCUGUUAUGCCCAUUGAAGAGCCUACAGGGCAUACGCCUCAGGUUGGUCUGCCUGCAGUGCUUCCCACGGCUCUUGAUUCACCUGCAACUGAGCGCCAGCAAGUUCAGCCUCUGUUUCAUUCAGCCUUUACCACGUUCACUCCUGGGGCUCCUGGGUUCCCAACGCCGCAGGUCGUAGCUUCUCCUGCAGCUCAUACAGGUUUGCUAAGCCUUCCUAUUCCUGUGAGGAUCGUCUUGUGUGGCCACUCAAUUUUGUUCUGGGCUCAUCGGCGGGCAUCUUCGUCUGCUCCCGGAACUCAGCUGCCGCUUUCUGCCACAGCUACGGUCCAUUGGGUAGCCCGUAGGGGCAUGCUAUGGGAUGCGUUUUUACCUUCUGUGUGUCAGAUUAUGUCGGCAGCCGAUCGGCCACAUAUCUUGUUGGUUCAUUUGGGGGAAAAUGAUUUGGUGCAGCGUCCAGGAUUGGACUUGCUGCUCAAGGUUACGCGCGAUCUCAAGUGGCUUAUUAGCUCGUACACCCAACUUAUAAUUGUUUGGUCAGACAUGCUAGUCAGAAGGGUGUGGAGGGGUGCUGUUAUCCCAAUCGGAUCGAUAGGUCUAGGAAAUGGGUUAACAGGAAAAUCUGGGCAUUAGUUCUGUCGCUUGGUGGGGCAUUCAUUCCCCAUAAUAGGAUUAAGUUCCAUGCCCCAUAUUUGUUCCGGGGUGAUGGGGUUCAUCUUUCGGAGCAGGGGUGUGAUUUGUUUUUGGAGGAUCUUAUGAAGGGUUUACGGGAUUUGUUAUCUUCAUUGGGUUGAGGGGAACAAGCUUAAGCUGAUCCCCUCUUGUGGCAUAGAAUUCGGGCAGGUGAGGUAUAUGGGGAUUAUAUUUAGGCGGUUAAGGCAUCCUGAGAAAGGGGCACUCCCCAGGGAACCAUCAGGGCUUCAUGCAUGGUGGCGAUCUGGAUGGUGUCCUUGUGGGACUGGCUUGUGCAUCAUGGUGAACGCCUGUACGGCGGGGCCAUGGUGUGGAGGUUGGAACCACGCACCUGGCUCCAAAAGCAAGGAGGGGGGAUUUCACCUGCAUCCUUGACUGUGGAGUUAUGCAAUGAGGUGAAUAGAUGCCUUAAGAAGGUGGGCGUUUAGUCCCACGUAGUUAGGUUUAGCCUCACCUGCCCGAAGUACUUAUAUUUGAAUUUGGCUGUCUGGUUUUGGAUUUAGCAUGUUAUAUUUAAUAAAUAUAACAUUAUUCCAAUCUUGUGUCACGAGUCUUCCUUGUGGGGUGGCAAUAAGAUCUAGCCCACCCCAAAAGCCUGCCUGAAGAGCCAGGUCUUGAAGGCCCGGUGGAAGCUCAUCAUAGAAGGGGCAUGGCAGAGAUAAUUUGGGAGGGAGUUCCACAGGGUGGUGGCCACAAUUGAAAAAGCCCUCUCCCUAGUCCUCACCAGUGUUGAGCCUCAGCUCUCCCAGAAGGGACAGGAAGGGGGGAGGCAUGAGUUUCAGGUGCCUCUGCUGCCAGAAGACACGGAAGACUUGGGAGUUGUUGAGUCUGAGCGAGACCUUGGGGGGGGGGAAGCGAGCCUGAAUCUCAGCCAGUUCCCACGGAUGGUGCGAUCUCCAAGGAGGAGAGCGUGCCGCCCCCAGUUGCUGCUGAGGACCUGUUGGGGGAAGCUCCAGCAAAAGUGCCAACUCCUCCCGUACCAAGCAGUUCCCAGGAUGCCACCAGCGCGACGCAGUCCCCUGACCUCGAGUCCGUUACUCAGGAGCAGGUGUCUUCCGAUGAGCCAUUAGAGACACGCCCCCCGUCACCUCACUCCUGCCGCCACGAGAAACAGACAGGGCAGAGACAGGACUUGCGAAGGAGUCAGAGAUUACGAUCAAAAAUGUUCCCUACUUAAGCUUGCCGUUUACAGUGGGGAGCUGCUGUGUCAACUUCCUUCAUACGCCGCAGAGCAUGUCUAGAGUGUAGUUAGGGACUUUUAAUGAGUUAGUGCAGGUUUUUCUAUGAAGCGC